CUACUGAGUAGCACUUAGGGAUAUUGGCUUAGAGAAGCAUAUAAUGCUGAGUGGGAAAAUACAAGAGAUUGAAUGAGAUCUAUGUCAGUACUAUUUAUGUACAUUAAAAAUGCACAUAUGCAAAACAAAACAUUUGGCGAGAACAUGUAGAAACCCAAAGUUAUACCUUAAAGGCAUUAGGGUUGCCUGUGGGAGCAGUGAGUGGGAUAUGGGAAUAAAAAGGAUUAAUAAAAUAAAUAGAUAAAAAUAAACGGGUCACUGUAAUGUAUGGGUUGUCUUGGUGUAGCAACUGAACAUGGAAGUCGUAGGGCAGGCGCCCUGCUCAGCUGAGGUGUUCGGCUUCACCAGAUGUGGGAAAACCGAAGGAGCUAAUCUCCGAAAUUCCUUCUACAGUCUCCUACCCUCAAUCUUUUUUUUUUUUAAUUUUUUUUUAUUUUUAAAGAUUUUUAUUUAUUUAUUUGAGAGAGAGAGAAUGAGAGACAGAGAGCAUGAGAGGGAGGAGGGUCAGAGGGAGAAGCAGACUCCCUGCCGAGCAGGGAGCCCGAUGCGGGACUCGAUCCCGGGACUCCAGGAUCAUGACCUGAGCUGAAGGCAGUCGCUUAACCAACUGAGCCACCCAGGCGCCCUCCUACCCUCAAUCUUUUGCACCAUAGAUUCCGCUGUACCCCAUCCUUGAUUAUUUUUACGUCCCAACUGAGUAGUACAUGUAUAUAUAUGUGUGUAUGUAUGUAUUUAGAGAGCAUGUGUGGGGGGAAGGUGUGAGGAAGAGGGAGAAAGAAUCUCAAGCAAACACUGUGCCGAGUGUGGAGCCCGACAUAGGGCUCAUCUCACGACCUGAGCCAAAACCAAGAGCAGGAUGCCCAACCGACUGAGCCACGCAGGCACCCCCCCCAAUUGAGUGUUAUCCUGUGACCAGUCUGUCUUGCAUUGUGGGGAGAAACACGAAAUACAGGGUAGGAUUCUGGUUCUCUGGCAAUGUUGUUUUCCUUGAGGCAAGAGAAUAAUUGAAUUAGGCAAUUGGACCAUAGUAAUAAUGGCUAAUAAUUACUGAGCACUCAAUGUGUGAGACACUCUUUUUAAAAUGAACUUAAUCCUCACAUAACCCUAUGUGGUGGGUAUGAUUAUACUCCAUUUUACACAUAAGAUAUGGGAAGCAUGCUGAGAGCUGAAGUACCAGGUGGAGGUAGCUGGGACUCCAGGCCAUCUUGCUUCAGAUCCCGCACACUUGACCAUGGAUGCUGUUGCUUCUGGUUGACCGCAAUCAGGCGCUUUGGGUCCAGGCUGGAUUCUGAGUCCUUGUUACCCAGAGUGUGGACCCUGUGCCAGCAGCAUUGGCAUAUCUUGGGAGCUUGGUGGAAACGCAGACUCAGACCCACUGAUUUUUUUUAAAAACUUUUACUCAAGAGAGAGCAGAGAGUGUGCGUGAGUGAGGAGAGCAGGAGCAGCGGGGAGAGGCAGGGGAAGAAGCGGACUCCCCACCAAGCUGGGAGCCCAACGUGGGGCUCCACCCCAGGACCAUGACCUGAGCUGAAGGCAGAUGCUUAACCACCUGAGCCACCCAGGUGCCCCAGAAUCAAGAUUUUAACCAGAUUUCCAGGUCAGUCUCUGUUCACAGAAAUACCUUCUUGAGAGAGAACAAACAACCUCUUGCCUGCUUCAGCUGUCCAUCAAACGCCAGCUCUGCUAGGUGCUGCGAAGGAAACAGGAAAUGGAGCUAUGUGAAGGACAGGGAUGAUCAAACUAGAAAGAUUAAAUCAACACAUGAGGAAGAAUUCAAUGCCAAACAUCAGUGACUCUGAUCUGUGCUUCUUCCUGUUCCUAUAGGAGAGGCUUGAUGAUGGGCUGUUUCAGUGACCUGCACCUUGGUGGAGUCACUCCUGUUCCUCCAGGGUCUGCGCCUCCACUUUGGAAAUCCAGUGUCAGCCCACCGAGAGGUAUUCAGGCUCAGGAGGUCUUACCGGAAAAAGAGCAAACACAGGAAACAUUAAUAAAUAAGGAUGCAGGCUCCAGAGAGGGACAAGCAGACAGAGGACGAAAGCCCUUCGACACCUUCUUUGUCACCCCCACCAGCUGCUGAGAAGAACUCUUACCUGUACUCCACGGAGAUCACACUGUGGACGGUGGUGGCCGCCAUCCAGGCCUUGGAGAAGAAGGUGGACUCCUGCCUGGCCCGCCUGCUUUCUCUAGAAGGGCGGACGGGGACGGCCGAGAAGAAGCUGGCGGACUGCGAGAAGACGGCCGUGGAGUUCGGGAACCAGCUGGAGGGCAAGUGGGCCGUGCUGGGGACCCUGCUGCAGGAGUACGGGCUGCUGCAGAGGCGGCUGGAGAACAUGGAGAACCUGCUGAGGAACCGAAAUUUCUGGAUCCUGCGCCUGCCCCCGGGCAGCAAGGGGGAGGUCCCCAAGGUGCCCGUGACCUUUGAUGACGUGGCCGUGUAUUUCUCUGAGCCGGAGUGGGGCAAGCUGGAUAAUUGGCAGAAGGAGCUCUACAAGCACGUGAUGCGGGGCAACUACGAGACGCUGGUGUCCCUGGAUUAUGCCAUCGCCAAACCAGACAUCCUGACCCGGAUGGAGAGGGGAGAGGAGCCUUGUCCUGAAGGCCCGUGGGGCCAGGAGGAGGGAAGUAAGAGGGAGGCGGCACGCCCAAGGAGGCCAAGCCCUGGCCUCCCUCCACACCCAGAGCACAUCCUCAGCCCCGUCAGCCCUGCCCGGGAGGAGCCAAAAGAAGGGCAGGUCCCCAAGCACCAGCAAGACUCAGAGGCAAGAGCAACUGUACCCAGAGCAACCACGGGGCCUCCAGCCUCGGUUAAACGGGAGGAAGAAUCUUCAGGUGGGGAGUCUCCAACCUCCCCUCCUGGGGACAGCCUGCCCGGCAUGGGGCCAGGUGGUGGUGGUGUGGUCAUCAAGACAGAAGCCCAAUCUGAGGACGAGAUGAUGCCCGAGCAGCUCUUCCUGGGGGAGUCCCGUAGCCAGCCCGUGUGUAGAAUGCCCAAGGGGCCCAGGAGCAGGACCGCGGGCCCUGGCCGGCUUCAUGCCGCAGGAGUGCCACGGGUGCGGGCGGGGGACCCGCGGCCGCCAGGGGCCGUGGGGGAGCCGCCCCGCAUCCUUCCUCGCCGGCGAGAGCGGACCUUCCCCUGCCCUGACUGCGGGCAGAGUUUCCGCUUGAAGAUUAACCUGACCAUUCACCAGCGGACCCACGUGGAGGAGGAGCACAGGGAGACUCCGGGGAGCCCGGCCCCGGGCUGGGGGGAGGCCCACGCCGCUCUGGAGCCGGGGGAGGUGGUGGUGCCGGGCCCUGUCAUCCGCUGGCUCCCCGAGGAGCCCGGAGGCCACCGCUCCCUGGCAGGCCGUCCGUGCCUGGGGCGGCGGCCGGCGACCAGCAAGGUGUACCACUGCAGCGAGUGCCUGCGCUUCUUCCAGCAGCGGAAGAGCCUGCUGCUGCACCAGCGCCUGCACACGGGCACCAGCCAGGGCUGGCCGGCCUGUCCCUACUGCGGCAAGGCCUUCCGCCGGCCCUCCGACCUCUUCCGGCACCAGCGCAUCCACACUGGCGAGCGGCCCUACCAGUGCCCCCAGUGCGGCCGGGCCUUCAACCGGAACCACCACCUGGCCGUGCACAUGCAGACUCACGCCCGAGGCCAGGCCGGCCCGCACUUCCCUGCUUCCUCCGCCCUCCCUGGGAGCCCCCCGCUGCCCCGGCCCAGCCACAGCCAGGAGGGCUGAGCCGGCAGGAGCGUGCAGGGGUACCCUCCGGCUCUCCCGGGCACCCCCCGCAGGACUUCUGUGCACCUUCAGGCCUUUCCCCUUGUGCCUGACGCCAGUUCCUCAUUCCAGGAUAACUUUGGAGAGAACUUUUCUUCAUUCAGAUGGGAAGCAGCGGCCGUUUUGGUGACUGUGUGUGUGACCAGAUGCCUCAAUUUCCUCUUUCCUAAGUUUGUCACUCUUUGCCGCCUCUUCUACAUUCCUGACUUAGGAAGGAUCCCUUAAGGCUUAGAGGAUGCCGACUUCCGGUGAGAGCAAGAGGGCUGGAGAUAGAGGCCCUUGCAGUAGGGGGCGAUAGAGACACGGAGGGCCUGCAGUUUUGAUUCUGCCCACGCAGGUCACAGCAGAGUGGACAGUCUGAAGAGUAGGCACUGGAAAUUUGAGUUUCCUACUGUGUUAUUUUGAAACUUUUUUUUUCCUCCAUACGGAGUCUUUCUAGUGCUUUUGUAAGUGUUAAGUGUGGUUGCAAAGGGGACCAGGAGCCCUGAGGGUCAGGAAUUAUUCUGCCACCUCCUUGUUGGUGGGGAUGGUAGAGGGGCUGUCCAGAUCAGCCCGGGUGUGGGAGGAUGCUUGGCUGCUGCCCUGGACAUCAGGUGCCUUCCUGGGUAUGCGUUCUUUGGCCCAGAAUGAUUCCCAAUAUGCCAACAUCCGUGAUUGAUUUUGGUUAUUAGUUGAGAGGGGGAAACUGAGGCCUGGAGUGGCUGACCCUUCCCCCAAGGUCUCAGUAUUAUGGGUAUGCACGCUGCAUGGACUGGACCCCGCACAACUCCUUAGGGAUGGGGGAAGACGCAGACCCAGCCCAGGAAGCUCCUCGCAGAGAGGAAGAUCCCAAUGUGGGUGAGGCUGUUCAGCCAAGCUGGAUUCCUGAGCUACCAGGCCUGAGUUGUCGUUAAAGGAGCAGUUGGUUUUCAAGAAUUUGGGGCUGGUAGCAGAGUUAGGCCAGGAUUUUUUUAACCACCUCCAGCCUCAUGUUCCUCACCUGUCAAAGGGGGUAAUGACCCCAGUGCAUCCUACCUCACCUUAGGGUUUUCAGGGUCAUAAAAGAUUUAGAGGCAGUGGGCCAAAUAGGAAGCCUGGUUUUUGUCCUUCUUUUCUAGUUCAGGGCCCCCCCUUUCUCUCCCAUGUUCAUCUCCAGCCCUUUGCCCCAGUCAGAAUCCCUCAGGAAGGACCUUUCUUUUCUAGAGUGAGUGGAAGGUCCCUUGGGUGCAGAGUGAGGAGAGACUUUCCCCUUGGGCUAUAUCCCCAGGGAGCCCUUUGUACUUCAGUGGAACAAAUUCUUACCAAAGCAGUGAGGUUCAAACCGUAGAAGUUCGGGCAAUAGCAUCAGGCCCCCUGGAGAAGUCUUGAUGGCAGCUAGCAUCUUGUGCCUCUUAAAUCACACCACUUCGGGUGCUGCCUAGAGACCAACCCUUGGUUUGGGUGAUUUAAAACUGGAGUACUGGGUCCUCGGCUAUUUUGAUGGUCUUAUUUGCCUUGGCUCUAUGUGAAGUGGCAAGCAUUCAGACCUGCUUCCAGGUGCCUGGGUCCCUGGCUGUGCCACUUCUGUUGCCCCUCUGACCCUCACCCCUCUCCCAAAGUCAUAAACAGAGUUGGGGGCAGAUGGGAACGUUACCAUCAUCUCUGGGGCAAGAGUGAGUAUGCAAGUCGGUGAGAGUCCAGCCAAGUUCCCCUGGGCUUGGGAAGAAGAGCUGCCACCCUCCCCUGCUGUGCAUUCUGCUUGUCUGCUCUGGCAUCCCCAACCGUCACCAGGGGCCCCACCAGUCGGGGCUGGGCUGUCAGCAAGUGUUCAGACAGGAUAUGGUGCAAAUGGAGCUGCUCCGAGCUUACCCCUUCGCUUUAAGAGCUAGUCUCAGGUGUUUCCUGGGGAUGCCUCAAGGCUCAAAGUUCCUAGACCUUUCUAAUGCUUAAUGUCCUGUGUAAACGCAGGUCCUCCAGCAAGUACUCCAGCAACGGCACAAGCCAGGAGUGAUCGCUGGACACAGGCCGUCCCAUUUCUUCCAAAGCCCUCAGUGUGCCGGGUUCCUGGUGACCAGGCCUUGUGAGUUUACCUGGCACGUAUGCAUCGUGGUGCCGGAGCAGAGCGGUGCUCCAGAACCCUGGAGGCUAGAACCUGGUUUGGCCUUCGACUCGCUCCUAGCUCUGCGUCUCGGCUUCCUCAUUUGUAAACAAGGAAGGUGGGGUCCUGUGCUAAAGGCUCUUAAGCACUGUGACGGUGGCGGUCCUCUGCCUUCAUCGGUGCUCAAUAAAUAUGUUGAACUGAA